AUGGUCAGAUUACGCUUGCAACGCCGCUCUCGCGGUCACACUUCCUUCAACACUUUCCACAAUAUCGCCACUCCCAUAUCACCUUCACUUCCGCUAGAAACACCAAGCUUCUACGCACGACGGAAACAGGAAGGCGUCCGGUUCGCCCACGAACUGUACAUCGCAAUCGGCAACCAACAUUUCAUGCGCGAUUGCCCCUGCCCUGUCCCAACAAUCUACACUUCACCAGAGGAGGCUCUUGUCGCCGGCACGGGGCACAUUCGGUUCUACAUCACCGACGACACGUCGAAGCUAUCCGUUCUUCAACAACCCGCUGAUCCUCAUUGGCAUUGCGAGUGCCGCGAUUCACACAACUACUGGCCAGUCUACCAAGAGCUACUCAGCCGGCACCACGAGCCCCGUCUUAACAACAACGGAAAGCGCGUUGCGGAGGCUGGCGAGCUUGAGCUCAUCUCCGAGAACAUCGACCACAAGGCUGUGGAAAGGGUCCUGCCUGCAGCAGUUGACGAUAGUACGCCAGAGCUCGCGCCAUCGCCAUCGUCCGAAUCGCCCAUGGAAAGCUCCUGGAUGAACCCUUUCGCCCUCGCUAGCCAGGCCCUAAUCACGAUGGCCACACCAUUUACCGUUGUCCGGAAUUUCAUCUCCGGCUUCUUCCAGGGCGAAACCCAUUACGACAUCGUUGACACACGAAAGGUUGACGAUGCCAACGGCACUGUGUCAGUCAAGAGAUUGAAACGACACUGCACGCCUUCAACCGAUGCAUACUCUAACGAGCUCCCGGGUUUUUCCUGGGCCGACAACGCAACCUCCUACAUCGGACGAGAUGCGCUCGACCACAUCGCCGAGGUCUUUUACCAUCGCAUAGAUUUGAUUAGCCGUUCCAAGGUCACAUGCAGCCCCUCCCUCGAAGACCUCAGGAGGAGUUUCGACCCCAACCAAGGAGAGGACCUCGAGCUCAACAUUGCAAUUCACAAAUUAAUGACCGACACUCCAAGUAUUGGGCCUGUGCUUCCUACCGACAGCACAAAAAAACAGGAAUCGAAAUACCACUAUACACGGGAGUUGUACCUCGAUGGCGCCGCCACGGCCUACGAGCUGAUGCAAGAAAUUUACACCCAGCAUAACCUUGAUGCGUACAAAGCAUUGUGUCCGAAGCCACCGCGAUCAAUAGCUUAUGGGGAAGACACCAAGCCGGAAAAGCACACAAGGACAUUGCACGAGAAGGCCAGAGUGGCGGCGGAGUUUAUCUCUUGGGUGCUGCGAAACCACAUGCACGGGAUGGAGGGUUUCGAAGAAGCUUUAUCAAAGGUCUUCGUGGAUGCCAAUGCCAUCCACAAGCGAGAAAUAAUCCCAAGCUAUGUUAAGCCAACGGCAAACGAGUCAUCAUCAAUUCCCGGAAGUUUCCCCACCGGACCGGACUCCGCUUUCUUCGAAGUUCCUAUAAACGAUCUCAGUUUUGCGCAUGCGUGGGAAUUUAAAUAUCCCUCAACAGAUCAACAUGACACGGAACCUACACCAAUCAAUGCCAAGGAGUUUCGACCUAUACUGGAACCCAAAGGCAUCCUCAAAAAGCCCAAAGAAUGGCCGACUCCUGAAUCGCCAAAGUAUGUCGCCACCCCCGAUAGAAACAGAAGACUCGACUUUGUUGCGCCCGUGGCGAGCUACGCGCCGCCUAAAGAAAUAUCUGUCCAAGUGAUGACCUUGAAAGAUGCCAUCAAUGUGCAGUGGCACCAUCCCACCGAAAACUCUGUAAAUGACCACGAAAACAAUGCGAGCCGGAACGCAGGACAAACAGCCAGAAACCGUCAUCAUUUCGCAAAGGUUGACAAAGGCAGAAGCUUUACCGUCUCGGAUAUGACCAGAUGGACAGAAAAAGAGGUCGAAAGGGAUGACGUGGAAAUGGGACUCCGAGUUCACGAGGCCAAAUAUGGUCCUUUCCUCAGUGAGCUCCGGCAAGAAAUGCUGGAAAAUUUUCAGGCCAGCGCUCAGGAACACCCAAAGCCGGAGCCCGACUUCAAGGUACGCAGACAAAUUCUGCAACGAAUCCGACUUGAAAGAAACCAAAAGACUACUCAAGGGGCACACGGGGAGAAGAAUUCAAUUCUCGAUCGGUUUUUCCGAAAGACCGAGCAAGAGGAGAUCAUGGCAGCAGAGGGAACUGUCUCUAAAGCAGCUCAACAAGACCCCGACCUUUCGGUGGAGCAAGCUCCAGCAAUCAGCCAGGUUCAGCAGUCAGCGGCUGAUGAUGACCUCGCAAUUGCCACAAAAAAGCUUGAAGACUUGGAGGUCAGUCGUCAACUGGCCCACGAGUGGGAAGAUGGUAUUCGUCGCGACAUCGAGAAGCGGCACAGGGAAGCCGAAAAAAGACAAAGAGAAGCAGAGCGCAAGCGCCGAGAGGAGAAGCGGCGACAAGAACAGGAAAGCAGGAGGCGCCGUGAAGAGGCAGAACAAGCCUCGCGGACCGGUCUGCGCGUACCCAAACGCCCCCUGAUUGGAAGCUUGAGCAACGAUUGGGAAAAGAAAGUCUCCAGUGUGCUCCACGCCAACCCUUCCGCGGAACUGGCCAAGAUUGUAGACGGGCUGCCCCUCACCAAACGCGAUUUCGUCGAAAAGCUGUUGGAGCCCCAAGCAUGGCUCAAUGACAACGUGAUCAUUGGCAGUAUUUCCCAUAUCGCUAAUGCCGUCAACAAAUCGGCAGGGGCCAAAGACACCGAUCCCAAAUGCGCAGCUUUCACGUCGUACUUUUGGCCACGACUUGUCAGUGCUGGGCCGAGCCAGUGCGGGCGCAUGAUGCGCCGUGCAGGUGUCAGGAAGAAUAACUUUUUUGACAUCGACACGAUACUCAUUCCAAUCAAUGACGGCCUGCAUUGGACGUUGGCGGUUGUACGGCCCGGAAAGCGGACUGUAGCGCACCUGGACUCGAUGCGAGCGGGCGCUGGCCAUGUUCACAUCAAAGAGAAAUUGCUUGAAUGGGUCAGGGUCACGCUUGAGGAUAAAUGGGUAGCGUCAGAAUGGUCGGCGAUUGACUACGAAGCUCCACGUCAAACCAACGGGUACGAUUGUGGCGUCUUUACCAUUACGAAUGCUCUUUGCAUCGCGCUUGGGCUUAACCCCAAGAAAUCUUAUACUGCAGGGCAGCUCACGCUGCAGAGGCGGAGGUUGGCGGCGAUUUUGCUCAAUGGAGGUUUCACGGAUGAUUUCUCGUUGGAUGGAUUUUGA